AAGGAACAGUAUUGCUUUGUGCAUUUUUGGAACAGCAACAUAUCCUAGAAUUUUAUCCCCGCAUAUCAUUAUUAGUGGUCCUUGUAGAGUGUUAAAAUUUUGUUUCUUUUACAACUUUUAAUCAUUUGAAAAAAAGUUUUUUAAACCUUAUCUUAUCAAUUGCCAAGCAAGGAAUCUUAACGAAUUUGAAUUAUUUAUCCUUUUCAUAAAGUUUAGAAAUAAAACUUACAACAUUCCGGCAAACGUUUUUGCAUUUUUUGUUUUAUUUAUUUUCUUUUAUUUCCUUACAAAACUCCUUAAAUACCAGAACCAAAAACGACAUCAGCUGACGAAGAUGGCACGUUAUCGUGGAGCGUCUACAUUUUUCAUCAUUGCGUCCUUGAUGUUGUUAAUGGAUGCAACAGAACCUAAUCAGUGCCAAGCUCAAUAUACCACAGCUGAUGAUAUUAUGUCCUUAUCUGGUGAAAACGAACAACCAACCUGGGAUAACUCAAUUAAUAAUUGCGUUGAACCACUUAACAUGUGCAGUCCAGGCUCCAGGAGCUGCUGCACUGGGAGCACUUGCCGUUGCGACACUUGGGACAACAACUGUAGAUGCCAAAUAACUGAUGAAACGUCCGUACAAAAUCCAUCAAACAAGGGUGACAUUUUUACAAAUGCCGAGAAACGCAGUUGCAUUAGACGUGGUGGGGCAUGUGACCAUCGCCCGAAUGAAUGUUGCUACAGCAGUUCCUGUAGAUGCAAUUUGUGGGGCUCUAACUGCCGAUGCCAACGCGUUGGAAUCUUCCAAAAAUGGGGUUAAACGUUUGCUUUUAAUAUUAAUAUUUUUUUUAAAUCAUAAAGAUUUAAUUUACACAAAAUACAGAAAUAACUAUUUUUAUGUCUCUAAAUAACAAUAAUGCAACGUACAUGGAAAUAUAUAUUUAAUUAUUUAUUUACAAAUAGUUUAACGACACUAAAUAAAAAAACUGAGCUGCAACGAAUUUAAACUAAAAUUUAUAAAAAAAAUAAUUAGUUUAUUAUGUAUGAAGCCAUGAAAAUUUAUUUUUGUUUAGCAAAGAUAAAAUAUUUCUGUGCUUUUUUGCAAUAAACGAUCUAAAAUCGAAUAAAAAUGCAGAUACAAAACACUAUUUUAUUAAAAUAUU